CAACGUUUAGUCGCAAGUCUUAGUCUGUCUGUGCGGUCUGGCUUUCCUUCGGUGUGUGUGUGUGUGUGUGUGUGUGUGUGUGUGUGUGUGUGUGUGUGUGUGUGUGUGUGUGUGUGUGUGUGUGUGUGUGUGUGUGUGUGUGUGUGUGUGUGUGUGUGUGCGUGCGUGCGCGCACGCGCUCGCUCGCUCCCUCGCGACACGAUCUGCUUCUUAAUUUAGCAUCAUGUGUUUUGCGACUUGUCGCUCAGCAGAGAUUUUGACGUGCUGCUGCUUUUUGCUUGCAGGCGUUUGCUUCAGAAUGUACACGGAGAAGGAGGCGGCGCAAGCGGGCGUGGUGGGCUGGGUGAAGAACACUCGUGGCGGGACCGUGGUCGGACAGCUGCAGGGCCCCGCCGACGCCGUCGAGCACAUGAAGGAGUGGCUGAGCAAGAAGGGCAGCCCGAGCAGUCACAUCACGAGGACGUUGUUCAAUAAUGAGCGGACGCUGUCGGCCUUGGAGAACCCCGUCACCAGCUCAACUGACUUGGCAGCCAGGCCGGAUGAAGGUCGAAAGAUUCCCACCACGGCUCACCGCCAAGAUCCACCCCGUCUGGCUGAACUCCACACGCUCCGCCGUUGCUGCUCUUGCUCCUGGCUCAGAUCAUCCUGCUCCACCUCCACGGCAUCUCCUCCAAUAAACACUCAUCACUCAUUCUGAACUUCAGAGUUGGUU